GUGGGAGGACUUGAAGUAGAAAGAGAGGGGAACGAGAGGCGCUUUGAUCCCUUUUAAUGAAGCAAGGGAGAGACCUAGGAAGCACGUUGGGUAGAUGAUGCGGUGCUGUUAGGCCGGAAGCUUCGGAAAGAAUGGAGAAGUCAGUCGACGCCUCCGCUGCGGCAACCGCGAACGGGGCAGCGGCUAUGGGCACGAAGAUGGACAAGAAGCAGAAGAAACUGAUGAGCGGACUUCCUGCAGGGGCUCGGUCGAUUACGCUGGAUCAGAUUCAAAAGGAUAGGCUGACGCAGACAGCGGCCGUGAAUUGGUCGACGCAGGUUGUGUCAAGGGCUGACAGGCCAGCAUUUAACCCAGGGCUGGUUAAGCAGAUAUAUGAUGACGAGCUUGUGAGCAAGACGAGGAGGACUGUGCCCCUGCAGAGGGUGAUGCUCCUGGAGAUCAGCCAGUACUUGGAAAACUACCUGUGGCCAAAUUUUGAUCCAGAGGCUGCCUCCUUUGAGCACGUCAUGUCCGUCAUUGUGAUGGUGAAUGAGAAGUUCCGAGAGAAUGUCCCUGCAUGGCGCUCCUUCCACCAGCGAGAAGACGUGUUUCCGCUCUUCUUUCGGCAAGUGUUGGCACUCAAAGAGGGCGAGCGGCAGAUGACGAUCCAGGAGCGCACCAAUUACCUGCUGUUCCUGAUCAACUGCUUCCAGAGCCUGGAGGACGAGAUGGUGCAGCGGCCAGUCUUGAAGCUGGUCUCUCUCCCGCUGUGGCAUGCCCUUUCUCCAGGUCGACGGCAGGCCCAAUUUAAAAGCUACGAGAAGAUGGGGGAGCUGUGGGACAGACUGCAGCGGCGAGAGGCCAAGGAGGCCAAGAAGGGCGGGGACCCACUGAGCAAGCCGGAGGUGCAAUUCAUGCCUGGGAUGCUUCACGAGUUUCUGCAGACUUUGGAGACAGUAAUCAGCACUGCUGAGGCGAAAACCGAUGGGGAUGAGCCAAUGACGGAGGCCGGCGCUGCGAUUGUUGAUGGUGCAGAGGGAGAGGAGGCCCCAAUAGCAGGCCAGGUCGACACCUCGAAGCUGCUGUACUGCGAGCGCUUUGUCGAGUUCCUGAUUGAUCUGCUGAGCCAGCUGCCGACGAGAAGGUUCUUGCAUGCCGUCGUGGAGGACUUCCAGAUCGUGGUCAAGUGCCGAAUGAGCACGCUCUUCUCGCAUCCCCGCGGCCGGCUCUUCACGCAGCUCGUGGAUCUUCUCAAGUUCUACAUGACGUUUGAGAUCAACAACCACACGGGUCACCAACUAGAGGAGGACGAAAUCCAGGAGGCGCACUGCCGGCGGCUGUACGACCUGCAGCUGCUGUGCUUCCAGCAGUGGCCGCAACUGCGCCCGCUGGCGCUCAGCCACGUGGGGGCCAUCGAACGGCGGGACCAGCUCGCGAAAUUCCUGGCGGUGCUGUCGGACGAGAAGCUGCGGACGCUGGUCACGGAGCAUUUGAAGCUCGUGUCGCCCGACGACUCUUGGAUCCACCGCCCCGGCUUCCUGCUCGAGGUCGUCCUGCAAAACUUCGAGCGGCGCCCGUCGCAGCGCGAGUUCGUCAACGAACUGCCGCUCUACCCCAACGAAGACGUUCUCUGGGACGAAAACCUGGUUCCGAGCAUUAACUACACCGGGGAGGGCUGCCUCGCGCUCCCAAAACUCAACCUGCAGUUCCUAACCUUCCACGACUACCUCCUGCGGAACUUUAACCUGUUUCGGUUAGAGUCGACGUACGAGAUCCGGGAGGAUUUGGGCGACGUUUUGCAGCGGGUGAAGGCGGGACGGAACCGGGACGAGGAAGUAGUGUUUGGCGGGUGGGCGCGCAUGGCGAUGCCCACGAAAGGGUUUAGGGUGACCGAGGUGCGGGCGCCAAACAUCGGGGAGGUGAAGCCCGCGCGGGUUUUGGCGGAGGUUAAGAUAACCGUGGCGGGGUUAAAGGACGUGGUGCGGGCGGAGUGGAACGACAUCAAGGAGCACGACGUGCUGUUUCUGCUGAGCAUACAGCCGGCCGUCGCGAACGAGGGGGAGGAGAACGGGGCAAAACAGGAGGGGGAAAGGAAGAGCGUGCCGGAGCGGUUCGGGUUGAAGUUUGUGCGGGGGGCAGAGGUGGUGGAGAUGAGAGACGAAGUCGGGACGCUGAUGAACGAUUUCAGCGGGCGGACGAAACGGGAGGACGUGAAGCCCCCGGAAGGGAACGAGCGAACAAUUGUAUUAGCGCUCGAUCAGGCGCAGUACCAGUUGGACGUGACGGCGACCGCGGAGCGGGGGGCGCCGGACGUCUACGCGGGGUUCAACCUGCUCGUCCGGCGGAAGCCGAAGGAGAACAAUUUCAAGGCGAUCCUGGAGUGCAUCCGCGAUCUGAUGAACGAGAAUAACAUCGUGCCGGAAUGGCUCAGGGAAAUUUUCCUCGGGUACGGAGACCCCGCGGCCGCGCAGUACCAAAACCUGCCGGAGAAGGAGCAGCUCCGGACGAUCGACUUCAAGGACACGUUUCUUAGUGCGGACCACUUGCGGGAGUCGUUCCCGGGUUCGGACGUCCGGUUCGUGGGUCAGGAUAACGAACCGGACACGGAACCGAAGCCGCCGUUCCGGGUCACGUUCCCUCCUCGGAAGGAGGAGAGCAGCACGCCGGUUAUCAAACCGCCCGCAAAACGGAAAGGGGUAGACGGGGAAGUCGCGAACGGGGGCUCGGCGAUGGAAGUAGAUGGGGCGAAGCAACUAGAGGCGGAGCCGAUCUUGGCGCAAAGUUAUGUGCCGCCGGACCCCGGCCCAUACCCGCAGAACCAGCCAAGGCAGAACAGCGUGCGGUUCACGCCCGUGCAGGUGGAGGCGAUCAAGUCGGGCGUUAACCCCGGGCUGACAAUGGUUGUUGGGCCCCCGGGGACCGGCAAGACCGACACGGCCGUCCAGAUCCUGAACGUGCUAUACCACAACUGCCCGGGUCAGCGGACGCUGCUCAUCACGCACUCCAACCAGGCGCUAAACGACUUGUUCGAGAAGAUCAUGCAGCGGGACGUGCCGGCGCGCUAUUUGCUGCGGCUGGGUAUGGGCGAAAAAGAACUGGAGAGCGAGCAGAACUUUAGCAGACAGGGCCGCGUGAAUGCCAUGCUCGCCCGCCGCAUCGAGCUCCUCGCCGAGGUCGAGCGCCUGGCGCGCACGUUGGACGUCCCCGCUGACGUGGCAUACACGUGCGAGAGCGCCGCGCACUUUUGGCUGCUCCACGUGCUGGCGCGCUGGGAAGAGUUCUCGGCUGCGUGCGAAGCCAGCCAGGAGCCGUCGAUCGUCAAGGAGAAGUUCCCGUUCAAGGAGUAUUUCAGCGACGUCGGCCGGAGUCUGUUCUCGGGGGUGUCGUAUGCGCGGGACAUGCGUGCGGCGACGGGGUGCUGGCGGCACUUGCGGACGAUGUUCCAGGAACUAGAGGAGUGCCGCGCCUUCGAGCUGCUCAAGACGACGGCGGACCGCUCCAACUACCUGAUGACGAAGCAGGCCAAGAUCAUCGCCAUGACGUGCACGCACGCCGCGCUCAAGCGCCACGACUUCCUAGACCUGGGGCUCAAGUACGACAACCUAGUUAUGGAGGAGAGCGCGCAGAUCCUGGAGAUCGAGACGUUCAUUCCCAUGCUGUUGCAGCGCCAGGACGACAACAUCGCGCGGUUGAAGCGGGUCAUCCUGAUUGGAGAUCAUCACCAGCUGCCGCCCGUGGUGAAGAACAUGGCGUUCCAGAAGUACAGCCACAUGGACCAGAGCCUGUUCACCCGCUUCGUGCGCCUGGGCACGCCGUACGUGGAGCUCAACGCGCAGGGCCGCGCGCGCCCAACCAUCGCGCGAUUGUACAACUGGCGGUACCGCCAGCUGGGGGAUCUGCCCGCCGUGCAGCAGCGACCAGAGUUCCAGGUGGCAAACGCCGGCUUCACCCACGAGUUCCAGUUCAUUGACGUCCCCGACCACCAGGGCCGCGGCGAGUUCGAGCCCAACCCGCACUUCUUCCAGAACCUGGGCGAGGCCGAAUACGUGGUCAGCGUCUACCAGUACAUGCGCAUGCUGGGCUUCCCCGCGCACAAGAUCUCCAUCCUCAGCACGUACAACGGCCAGAAGCACCUCAUCCGUGACGUCAUCGAGCGGCGGUGCGCGAACCACCCGCUGUUCGGGCGGCCGAGCAAGGUGACGACGGUCGACCGCUUCCAGGGCCAGCAGAACGACUACAUCCUGCUCAGCCUCGUGCGCACGCGCGUCGUGGGGCACCUGCGGGACGUCCGGAGGCUGGUGGUGGCCAUGUCCCGGGCGCGGCUGGGGCUGUACGUGUUUGGGCGGCGCGCCCUGUUUGAGCAGUGCUACGAGCUGCAGCCGACGUUCCAGACGCUGCUGCACAAGCCGGACAGACUGGAGCUGAACCUGGAUGAAAAGCGAACACCCACUCAGCGACGAGCCGGCGACGCUUCUUCCUCGUACCAGGUGUCCGGACUGGAUGAGAUGGCGCAGCUAGUAAACCACCGGUACGAGGACUGGGUCAGGGAACAGCAGGUGGAGGCCCAAAGGCGACAAGUUGCAGGGAGCCAAGUAGCAGCGGCACUGGCUUUUGCAGCGUCGAAGGGUUACGCUCCUGGGAGGGGAAUGGGCGUACCUACUGGUCCAAGUAGAGAAGAGGAUCUCGGAAAGACGAAGAUAAUGUCCAAAAAAAUGGAAGCGUAGACGAGACGUUGGUCUUCUAGCGACUGGUUGUGAUCAAGCGAGCUUUUGAUUCGCAAAUCUGCCGUGCAUGUGCAAUGUCCAACUGUUGUUCCACAUAGCUACUUUCAAUCUGAUCUCUUCAUGCCAACGCCUUUUUGCUGGCAC